AUGCUGUAUGUGGUAGGUGCUAAUCCACCAAGUCAUGUCAUGGAGGGAUUCGGUCGAAGAAUUUGGAGGAAUAAGGGGGUGGAUAAGGUGGUGUUGGCUGCGAAAGGGGUUUACCUGGUUCGAUUCACCACCAUGGAUAGGAGGGAUGAAGUGUUGGCUUCUACCAGACCAUUUUUUGAUAGUAAACCUAUAGUGCUGAAACCUUGGACUCAGGAUAUGGAUUUCACCAAAGAAGAUCUGCAUUCUGUUCCCAUCUGGGUAAAGCUGCAUCAAUUGGCAUUCAAGUACUGGGGUGAGAAGAGUUUGAGAAAGAUUGUUGGGCAACUGGGGGUGAUGAAACAAGUGGAUAGUGCCACUGCUAAGAGAGAUAAACUUCAAUUUUCAAGGGUUCAGAUUGAAGUCAUGGUGGAGCAAUCUUUCCCUGAUGUAAUUAAGUUCAUUAAUGAAAGGAGGGAACAAAUGGAGGUGAGAGUGGAGUAUGAAUGGAGACCUGUUGUGUGUGCUCAUUGUAAAGGUGUUGGCCAUGAAGUAGCUAAGUGCAAGAAAAUCACUGGUAGGAGGGUUUGGGUUCCAAGGCAGAUUGUAUCUACAACCAUACCUAGUGGGAGCACUGGGCUGGUGAAGGAUAACACACCUGAUAAUGCUGCUAAUAAUGAUAGUGAUACUACUGAUACAUUCACUACUGUGUCUAAUCCAAGUAGGAGAGUCUUGGCAAGACCUGUGGGGGUCAAUACUGUUAACCAAUUCCAAGCUUUAGAUGAUGAUCUGAGUGUGAGGAGUGUUAUGGGGGAUAUCAACCAAGUUCAUGCAGCUGGAGGAGGGAACUCUUCUGGAUGCAAUGGAUAG